GAGAGGGACGAGGAGAGCUGGUAGAGAAGUUCUGGGUCCCCAGCACGGAGCGGGGCUGGGGGCUCCGAGGCGGCCGCACGAAGUUUGCCGGGUGCCGAUGGGCGAGGAAGCGUUCCUCCUCCUCCCCUCCGCCCGGGCUCCUCUGCAAAUUGGUAACCUGGAAUUGUGUUUUAUGGCCACUCGCUAGCGUUUUGUUUGCCUUCCGGACUGGCUCCGUGCGGGAUAUCAGCGAAUUAUGCACUAACUGUGAGCUUAGAGCAGCGUGCUGGCCCCGCUGGGUUCUUGAUUUAUAUCAGGCUGAAGCAGAGAGGAGGGCAAAGUUUUGCUCGCCGAACGCCGAGGAAUGAAUUACAAGUCUGAGAGGACGGUAUCCCGCACGACCCGGAGGGGUCUGGCUUUCACCAUGGACUUGCAGCUCGCGCUCCUGUUUGCGGGGAUAAUUGCGUUUUCGGACUCGGCCAGAGGCCCCCCAAGGAUUGCCGAUAAAGUGAUCCACCGCCAGUCCGUGAGGCUAGGGAGGACCAUCAAGCUCCUGUGCCCGGUGGAAGGCGACCCUCCGCCUCUCACCAUGUGGAUGAAGGACGGGCGCACGAUCCACAGCGGCUGGACGAGGUUCCGAAUCCUUCAGCAAGGGCUGAAAAUCAAGGAGGUGGAGAGCGAGGACGCGGGAACCUACAUUUGCAAAGCCACGAAUGGCUUCGGCAGCACCAAUGUGAACUACACCCUCAUCGUGAUCGAUGACACCAGCUCAGGAAAGAACAGCCAGGUACCUGAAGGUUCGAAUGGAGAAUAUGAAGAUCAUUCGGGGAAGCAAUGGGCCCAGCCCAGGUUCACGCAGCCUGCCAAGAUGAGACGGAGAGUGAUCGCCCGUCCUGUCGGCAGCUCCAUCCGCCUAAAGUGCGUGGCCAGUGGGAACCCACGGCCUGACAUCACGUGGCUGAAGGACAAUAAGCCCCUCACGCCCCAGGAGAUUGGGGAGAACAAGAAGAAGAAGUGGACGCUGAACCUGAAGAACCUGAAGCCAGAGGACAGCGGGAAAUACACCUGCCGAGUGUUUAACAAAGUUGGAGAAAUCAAUGCAACAUACAAAGUUGAAGUAAUCCAGAGGACGAGGUCCAAGCCCAUCCUGACAGGGACGCACCCGGUCAACACCACGGUAGACUACGGCGGGACCACAUCCUUCCAGUGCAAAGUCCGCAGCGAUGUCAAACCCGUCAUCCAGUGGCUGAAGAGGGUGGAGUACGGCACAGAGAGCAAGUACAACUCCACCAUCGACGUUGGGGGACAGAAGUUUGUUGUGCUGCCCACAGGGGAGGUCUGGUCCCGUCCCGACGGUUCCUACCUGAACAAACUGAUGAUUACUCGAGCCAAGGAGGAGGACGCGGGGAUGUACAUUUGCUUAGGGGCAAACACCAUGGGCUACAGUUUUCGCAGCGCUUUCCUCACAGUUCUGCCAGAUCCCAAGCCUCCAAGUGCACCUGUGCCCCCCUCCUCAGCCAGCAGCCUUCCCUGGCCCGUGAUCAUCGGCAUCCCCGCCGGAGCCGUCUUCAUCUUUGGGACAAUCCUCCUGUGGCUUUGCCAGACCAAGAAAAAACCCUGCUCCCCACCAGCUGCUGCCCCCGUACACCGGCCGCAGCCCCGGGACAGGAUCUGCGUCUCCCAGGUCCCUGACAAAGACUGCAUCUCCUCCAUAAACUAUGAGGAAUACGUCGCCCAGCAGCAGCAUUUACUGUCCCAAGGGCCUGCACUCGCCCCAGCCAUGGCAUCCAAAAUGUACCCAAAGAUUUACACGGACAUCCACACCCACACUCACUCACACGUGGAAGGCAAAGUCCAUCAGCACCAGCACAUUCAGUACCAGUGCUAAGAGGGUGGCCGUGUACAGUAGCUCGUUUGGGCUUUUCCCCCUGGUACCUCAGAAGAGACUGCUCAGAGUCAGCUCACACUGCCAGCAAUAGGCAAAGCAGACAGAAAAGAUUAUAUAUAUAAUUUUAAAUAUAUAUAUACAUAUAUAUAUAAUUGUAUAUGCGUGUGUAUGUGUGUAUAUAUAUAUGUGUAUAUAUCUAUAUCUAUCUAUAUAAAUAUAUAUAUAAUAGAGAAAGACAGAGAGAGAAAAGAGAUUUUUUUUUAUUAUUGCAAUCAGGAUGUAGCCAAGGAAUAAUGAAGGAACUCCAAAUCUCAGCAGCUAGGCAGCCAUCCCCACCAGUGGAGCCUUCCUGGAUUUUUUAAUCAAGGUGCCGGCAAGUAAGACAGGAUGCAGGGAUAUGAACCACCACCUCCUUCCUCAUGUAGCUAAAAGGAACAAGAAAAGGCAACCGUGGUGCUUUUCCAAGUGGGCAGCCCUGUUCCCCUGGCACAUCACUUGUUUUGGUGGUAAGCCCCCAAACCUGUCCCACUCAGGAGCACAAGGGAAAGCCUUUUCCCUCCGACUGACUCGAGCGCUAAAGUACCUGAGGUUUAGUGCCAAAGCAUGAGGAGACAUGACCAAUUCACCUCUUCCAGGGGAAAAAAAAAACACAAGAGAGUCUGGAAAA